ACUGAGUGAAACACACGCAAGGUAAGGCAAGAGAACAAGGUCACUGACGUCAUUUUGCAAACGAUACUUUGCUCAGACACAAUGGCGGGAAACCCGAUCCACAUUGUUACCAACAGGGACCCGUUGUGCUACAGUAAACAGUCUUCAGACUCGUCCUACGGUUAUGUACGCGCACACACACACACUGGAGAGUGUACCAGACCUCUACGUAUACUACUAUCUCUGCAAUGUCUGUCUGCAACAUGUGGGCAGCGAUGUGUUUGGAUUUUUACCCGUAGGAAGUGACCGUUUGUAACUGUUUGCAAAACCACGUGCACGUAACCCAAAGGGACUACAAUUGUGGGCUUUGCGGAUACCGGAGUUGCACUGCUAGCAACAGACUUGAUUGGAGUAACCUUUUGGUAGCGUUUUCAAGGGACGUCUAUAUUCAUAUUUCGCCAUGCGGAUGCAAAGAGGAGUGACGCCGAAGUACAUGGAGACGUCGGUGUCCAUGAAGAACGCGUGCGCGCUGAACGCGUGGCAGGAGAAGGAGCUAAGGCAGAAGUUAGACGCCAUGGAUCAGAUGCACCGCCAGGAGUCACAGGAACUCAACAAGUACAAACAGUCUCUCAACACCAUGUCUCAUAGCAUGCAGACCUUCCUGCGAGAGGGGACCCACUAUUGGACCAACUACGUGUCUCCCAACUGGCCCUGGGACUCGAUCCCCCCGCCCAAGUUCGUGGUGGACAGCCCGGGCGUCACGGACAGGUACGGCACGGGCGGACUCGCCGGGGUUCGCGUCUCUGUUCCCGUCACCAAGAAGAAGAAGAAGAACCCUGCUCAGGCUCAGAGGAGGGUUGACCAACGCAAGGCUUCUCUACCGAUGAUCGCACCUAACCCUGCCGCCUUGGCUGCAGCGCAAAAAGCCGCAGCAAAUGGCGGCGGUGAUUUUGUAGUCGCAGACCCUACCGCAGGCAUGCGGGUAACUCUUACGGCGCCGACCCCCAGUCUUCCCCGUAUGCACAGCCGGGGUCCGCACGUCAACACCCCGAAGACCAUCGGAGCAAUCCCCCCACAAGGAGACGGUUCAACUAUCUAUAUGGUUCCAGAAGACGAAGAGGUUGAUCUACAAGGGCAAGGCAAGAAACCUGCUACAAAAUCCAAAGACCCGCUUUCAAAACUGAGAUUUCUACAAGACCGCUGGACUAAGAAGGACGCCAGCGACAGAGAUUCGGAAGACGACGACGCGGAGAGUAUCGGCGCGAAGACCACGAGGACCACGCGGACGACGAAGUCGCAGCUGCGGCAGAAGAUGCGGCUGGAGUACGAGGCACGGGUAAAGGCGCGGAGACAGAAGUCGGAAACGUCAGAAGACGAAGAGGCAGAGGCUGCAGCAGAGUUUGUAACCGAGUAUAAGACUUUAAUGAACUGUAGAUAUCUCCGCCACCCUCCAACUAGCGUCCCGAAACACUAUACUAUUCUAGGUGUAAAAAUUCAAUGUGCGGCAUAUUAACCCUACUGGUAACAUAUAUUUAAAAAAUCUAACCAUUUGGGCAAAGCAUCUCCAUUAUAGCAGUACUUAACGCACAAACAAAACGCAAAAUUUGUGUAAAUUAUGACUAAGAACUUAAGUAUUCGUUCUUGUUCUUGUUACUUAGAGACUGAUUCAAUUUCCGAACCACCAACGCAAAAGUGAAGGGUUGGCCAAGCCACACAUAAUGAGAUUCAUCAGUGGCACUUAAGUUGUCACUUUAAAAAUCAUGGCUCUUUCAUCGUCCUGCGCUUCACCUGCGCAGCUUUCAGUGGUGGUCCUGUAAACAAGGAGUAACAUUACCCCCCGCGUCAAUACGAACAGGGCCACCCGAUCUGUUUUGGACGCCGGGCGGGGGUAACGGGACCCGGGACACUGUAUCACAACUCGGCAAGGGUCGGCCGAUGCCCUGGCGACUGAACAAUAAAGGGUCUCGAAACUAGGCAAAGGUCUACCCUAACCUUUUGUUUUGCUGAAAAUCAGGUUAAGGCUUGAGUUAUUCCUUAGGAAACAACAUCCAACCGUGUAGGCAACAACAAUGCCAUUUUGCACUCGCAUCUCUAGAAAAACAGCAAAUAAAACUGACCUAAAACAACAAAAACGAAAAUCUCCGUAAACAAUGUUUCUAGCGUACGUGGUUUAAGGGGCAGGUAAAAAGAAGUAUUUCUAGAAUACCUCAAUAGUCUAUUCGCUUUAAGCGCACGAGAGUUUUAUAGACUUAAGUCUUUUAAGGUUUUGUCUUACAUUGUGUUCUAGCUAGCAUCAUCAAAAUGUUUUUAUGUGAUGAUGAGUUGUUAGAAGCCUUUUGAAGACAAUGCUCUGGACUUGAAAAAUUUUGAUAUAAUUAGAAAGGCUAUUAGAGAUUACAUUGCAGUAUGCUGCUUUUGAUGUUAUUGAUAUUUACAUAGGUCAGGACGUACAUGACAAAUAUUAGGAAUUAUCUUUUCCUCAUGAUGGAACAAAUAAAGUUGAUACCAACUCUA